AUGAAGGACCUCUCAAGCAUUAAAACUGCCAACAUCAACACUCAUCCAUCUCCAAUGGGAACACGCCAACCCCUCCCCAGACCUCCCCACACAGGUUCACAAUUCUUCCCACCCAACAUCUUACAAGACAAAGGGGACGGUGCAGAUGACAACACCUCUACCCCCACCACCCCCUCACCUAAACCUCAUACCACUGUCUCCCAAUUGCCCCCCUCCGAAUCUGAAGAGAAUGCAACUACUCUAACACUCAACUCUCUCAUCUUCACAAAGGACACAACAGUUGAGAUGCCCCUUGACACCCUCCACUCAUCACCUGCACAGACUCCUGCACCCACAGAUGAUGACGAAAUGACAGACCUGAUCAUUUCCAGCCCACUCCCUACCAAACCUGCUGUAUCUACACAGGACUCGGAAGAAGAUCUACUCCGAGCUCACCUGGCUGUCACUGAAACUAAUCAGUCCAUCAUUAAGUCUAACAGCACCAACUCCCUCACUGUCAUUCCCCAGUUCACCCCCAUCCCAAUUGGUGGCUUCCCACACAUCCACCUCACCCAUGCAGCCCAACUCUUCAACUACCAAGCAGCCAAGGUCAUCACGGCCUGGCUCAAAGUCCCUCACCCAAAAAUCUUGGUGAGAGUCUUUGACCAUGACAGGAAGAACCCCUCUGUCAAAGGUCCCAUUCUUGAUGUGAAGGUGUUACUGCCCUACCCUGAUGCCAGCAAAGAAGAUGCAGACUUCCCCCUCAGCUUCCUAGUAUACAACAUCUCUGAUGAAACCAAGUCACUCAUCCUUAACCAGCACAUUUGGUCCUCACCUGAAAUCUCUUUCGCUGCACAUCUCUUCAGAGUGAACUCUCCCCCCCUACUCCUCUUCUGCCUGCACAGUUUCUCCACCAUGGAUACUGCUACAGUCAAGACCACUGUCCAUGAAGUCUGGUCGGAAGAUGUUACCAGAUGGGACAUCUGCAACAUCAUGUCCGAAAGUGACAUCCCUGAAGAAUGCAUCCAUGCUGCCACAUGGGACUUCAUCAACUCCCUAUGGGUAGAGCACCUUGAUUUUAAGGUUAGUGGAGGCAUCCUUCUCCUGUGCUACAAUGUUUUCACAGUUAGCCCCACCAAUAACCCCACAGUAUGGACGAAACUCAGAGCAUAUCUCCACUCUCUCACCUAUCCCUCCGAACUCGAGGGAAGUGGUACAGCAGUCAACUUUAUGCCAUGCACCCUCCGCCACUCAAUUGCCCACCCCCACAGGCUCUGCCCAUUCCCAAAUGUUCCACUCUGGAAUGGGCCCAAGCAUAGUACCAACUCAAGACCCAACUUAAUGAACCAGAAAGGGAAAGGCAAAGGAAGGAGGUACCCAGGCAAUGGUCUCCCUAACUAG